GACCGCUCGCGCCGCGCGCGAAAGCUGACAGCGCGGUCGAUUUGACGGAUUCGUUUUUCAAAUUUUUCAUUUCGGCCAGUAAUAAGUGUUAUGUAUAAAAAUAAAUAGAGGUUCAAACCUCAUUAUUUGAUAAGGACUAAAUAGAAUUACUUGGAGAAAGGUUUGAUAGUAGUUUAAUGGUCAGAUUUACGAGAUAAGUGUGAAGUGAAAUGAUGUUUAACACUUAAGUGUAACGUGUGAUGCAAGUGACUAAUGAAGAACAACCUAAGAUGCAGUGGAAAGGUGGAGGGCAUAAGUGGUAUACGUUUGUGUGAUACGAGCUUUUAAACCCGCCAACAUGGAUAAGAUGUCGGCAGGGUCAGCGGUGGCGAUGAUAGGAGCCAACCUCCGGUUUGGAUCAGCAGGAGCCACCAACGCCUCUAUAGUCAAUAACACCAGGUUGUGCCCACCAGGUGGAGCAGCAAGUGCUGCGGCACUUCUGGCAUUGUCAAGCUUGGGCAUGUCUGCGAAUUUAGCGCUCAUGGCCGUCAUUCUUAGCAAGAAACAGUUAAGAAGAUGGUCUCACGGGCUACUCUUCCAUCAAGCAGUUGUGGAUUGCGCACGCGCUGCCAUUUUACUGCCACUUGGGAUCGCCGUGUUUAGAUGUCAGCCUGUAUACAAAUGCUCAUUGGUGGAGACCGCUUUUCUAUUAUUGGUCACAGUAUCAACGGUGAAUAUGCUGACAACGGUACUUAACGACAGUCCUAUAUUUCCUGAAAAUGAGGAGGAGCAAGCAGAUCUUUCCGCCCCAUUGCUCAUGGAUAGUCCGCAGUGCGUUCUCUUCGGUACAUUUAUGAUAUGGUUCGCAUCAAUUACCAUAAACCUGGGGCCAACAUUUUUAUCCGGGGCUUUAGCUGCCAGUGCUGGGUCCUAUGGAUCGUAUGGGCCGUCCCCAUCGUGCCCCUUAGUAAGAGGACCCUUCAGGCAUUACGUACUUAAUGCUCUAUGGAUUGGAGUCAACGCUGUGUGCGUAGGACUAACACUUUUCCACUUAAAGAAAUUACACCGAGAUCUGACUAAGGCUAACGUAGAGGCAGUACGUGUAGCAGGAUUAGUGACCACACUGGUCAGUAUGGCAGGGGACAAUCGGCGGAUGGAUUCGCUACCAAACAGCGUAGGACCCAGGACUGUCGACGGCACCCUUGCAGACGGCCGUUGCCGUCCAACUGGCAGUGCCAACUUGCCUCUGGGAGGGGGUAGACGGUUGAGAGGCUAUCUCGCGAGGGUAGAAAGAGAGGGAGUCAGGAGAGUAAGAAUGUUCCUGGUCAUCACAGCAGCGUAUGUGCUUUUCUGGGGCCCGCUGUUUAUCAUAACUUUGCUACACCACCCAGCAUUGACUUCACAUGUUGCGUACGAGUUAUAUUUCCAAAUAACACUACACAUUUCGUAUGUCCAUGCGGCGGUAAACCCUCUCCUCUUUAUUGCUUUGCAUCGAGCUUUGCGGCGCGCUGCGUUGCAGCUCUGCUGUGGCUGUUGCGUGCAUUGGAGCCAAUUUGUCCUCGCAUUAACAGCAGCUGCUCAAUCACCACUAGCUCCCUCAUCUUUCUCACCUGCAGCUGCAUCACCGGAACCGCCGCCUGCUCCGCCGCCCCCUAUGGCACCACCUGCGCCCCCUGCGCCGCACAACGCGCCACACACGAUGAUGAGUUGGGAAGUUGAGGAGUGUGAUGCUGAGAGUAUGUCGAGUGCACGUGUACAGGGAGACGAGGAUAUGAUGGAGUGGAGCAGUGUGCGGCGACCUCGUUCGCCGAGUCCCCUCCUGCCCGCGAUUUGAGCACCAACCCUUCACGGCGUGUCGCUGGACUGCACUUGUAGUGUGUGCUCUAGUGUACGGUUAGGUUACACCUGUGUUGUAGAGUAAAUACUGGCUCCUCACCUAUGGAGCUUCUCGAACUAAUAAUAGCAUGCAUUGUAAGUGGGAGUGGUUUUUAAAUAAUCAAAACUCAUGUGUGUUAGAAAACUAAAGAACUGUCUUAGUUAUAAGUAACCUUACAUUUGAAGUUUUAAAUAGUCUAAUUUAAUUUUCGAAAAAUAAUAGUUUAUUUUAAAUAAGCUUUGUCAAUAUUUCAAUUUAUUUUCUAUCUCAUUUUACAUUUAACCCUAAUAAGUACUAUAAUAUAAAUUGCUUAUACUCGUAGUUAACAUAAGUGUAUAUUAAAUAACUAAGCUGUCAUAAUCGAUCAUUACCAUUAAAACUAAGUGAAGAACUUUUAACAAAACCCAAAAGAAAAAUAUUUUUCAUGAAAUAUAUGAAACUGAAUUUAGAGGUGAAAUUUUAAUGAAAUUAAAAUCUUUUGCCUCAGAAAUGUAAAUAUGUUCACAUCCACAACUCGUGCAUAAUUUUAUUGCCGUCAUCCACUCUACGUCUUUUUUAAAUUUUAAAAUUGAACACCUUAAUGUAUAGCUAAGUGGAUAAAACUAUACAUUUAUAGUGUAGUAUAUUCUAUCAAAAUAGGUCGUAUAAUUAUCUAUUUAUUUUGAGUAUAACAUUGUGUCAGUUUCAUUUCACUUAAGUGGUAUAUAUAUGUAAUGUAAGUAAAGAUAACGAUUCGUAAUAUGUCAAUGUAUUAAUGUAUAAUCUUAAGCGUAAUAUUGUAAACUUAUGAGAAAGCUCAAAUUCUAAACACAUUAUUUUUAGUAUAGACAUUCAUAGUGCCAAAGUAUUUUUUGACAUAAUGAAACACAAACACCAAACAUAAAGUAAUUAUAAAGAUAGUUUAGUAUAAAAUAGGUUAUAUAGUUUAUAAACGCUCAAUUAAUGCGGCUUUGAACCUAUUUCGACGUAACUAUGUAAUUUAUGGUUCAUUAAAAAUUGUUCUCAAUUGAAGUUGUUCAUUUGUGAUUACAAAAAAAAUACAAUUAUACAAUUGUAUUGUAGCGGUAUUGUGCGAAGAUUUUGUUACAUCACUUCAUAAAUAGAAGCAUAAAUCCUCUUCUUAUAUAUUGAUAAUUACUUGCCUAUUAGCUUAUGGACCGCGUCAUCAAUUUUGGCGUUUCCGGCCUCAGAGUAGGGUGUUAAUGAACUUUGGCCGCUUCCACAGCUCGCUAGUUCACAGAAGGAUAUACACACCAGUAACUCAAUACUAAACGUUUAGUCUUGCUUCGACAAUGCGUGUUUCGUAGGGAGAGAUCCAAAGGCGAGACUUUUUGUAUCUCCUAUAUAAAGCAACGUAUUGGAUACAUUAUAGUUUGCGCUAAGUGUCAAAUAUUACAGUGUUGUAAUUUAAAUUAUAAGUGCAAAAUUGCCUAAGAAAAUUUAAUGUUAGCAUGGUUUGCAUUGUGUACUUAAAGCACUUUUAGAACUAGUUUAGUCAUUAUUAAUGCACUUAAAUAUAAGAUUUUCCAUCCAUUAUUAUCUGUCAAGACUGAUUUCAUUAAUUUUAACUGGCGUAAGUUUCAUGGUUAUAUUAUUAAUAAAUUCAUACAAAUCUUAA